UAGCACUAUAGUGGUGAGAGCUGUAUGUUGCAGAGGGACGAUCAUUGGCGAAAGACACAGUAAAUGCGAUUAAAGUUAGCCAUCGUGGCCAGACAACCAACUCUGGAGAAACAUUGAAAAUGGCUGGCCAUGUUUCAGGGAUCGAAGAAUGAAGUGCCUGGGAACUUUUCUGGAAGUGUCGUACCGCUGUGAUUGUGUCUGUGUGCUCAGGAAGGCUUUUUUGCAAAGUGAGACCAAUAAUUUCUCUUGAUUCCCUUGCUGAGAGCUGGCUGACAGAGAGGGACGGAGCGAGCGAACCCCUCCAUUAGGACCUGAUAUAUUUCCCAAACAAUUUAGUGUAUUCAUGAGGCUACGCAAAUGUGGAGGCAGCAAAAUUACCGUAAUCAAUUGAAACAGUGAGCGUGUGUCGUUCCAUGGCUCUGAUUAUUUGGAGAUCAUCUAUCAGCCUGAUGUGUAUGUAACAAGGCGAGUGGGCAUUAAAUCGCUGUUGAGUUUCAGUGAUAAGUCCAUGAUCAUUGGGCAAGUGAGUUGGACAACGAUAAUAGGGCACCUUGGCGGGUGAGGCAAGUGUUUCCCGAACAUUAGGUAGCUGACUGUGGUCUAAAAGGUGCUGUUUUAAAACAAAGUCACACUGUUGAGACAACACAACGUGCAAUACUCUCUGAAAUCGCUUUUUUUCACCUGACAAAGGAAAAAAAUAAAGAAACAUUGAAGAGGAUAAGUUAGUAUGGAGGUCAGAUACAACCAAGAGACAGAUCCAGGGAUGAGGCUGAAGAACGGCAUAAAGGAUGGGAAAGAUAGCAAGGAUUCCCAGGGAAACCUUUCCAAAACCUUCCUAAAGGAUCAGCAGGAGUCCUUCUCGCCAUCUGGGACGGUGGAAAGCUGUGAGAAGAACCGGGGGAGCACGGGCGACCCGGACUACUGCCGGAGAAUACUUGUCCGAGAUGCCAAAGGGUCUAUCCGAGAGAUCAUUCUGCCAAAGGGACUGGAUUUGGACCGUCCCAAACGAACCCGGACCUCUUUCACUGCAGAGCAACUCUAUCGUCUGGAGAUGGAGUUCCAGAGGUGCCAGUAUGUGGUUGGGAGGGAACGGACAGAACUGGCCCGCCAGCUAAAUCUAUCUGAAACGCAGGUUAAAGUUUGGUUCCAGAACCGACGCACAAAGCAGAAGAAGGACCAGGGCAAAGAUUCAGAGCUGCGCUCGGUGGUGUCGGAGACGGCGGCCACCUGCAGUGUAUUGAGACUCCUGGAGCAGGGCCGGCUCCUCACGCCGCCAGGCCUGCCGGGGCUCCUGCAGCACUGUGGCAACGGCACCCUGGGUGCCGCCAUGCGAGGGCCCUCCAUGGGCAUGGCCAGCAACGGAAGCAGCAGCAGCAGUGGUGCCAGCUCAGGGACGGCUGGCGGCAGUCCCCCUCUGCCCAUGGUGACGAGCUCAGGGACGGUGGCGGGUCUCCAGAGCUCCCAGUCAGCUCACGGCCUGUUCAGCUUUCCCAUGCCCUCUCUGCUUGGCAGCGUGGCCACCCGCAUGUCCUCCAACCCGCUCUCCAUGGCCGGCUCCCUGGCCGGGAACCUGCAGGAACUGUCUGCCCGCUAUCUGAGCUCUUCUGCUUUUGAACCUUACUCACGGACCAAUGGAAAGGAGAGUGUGGACAAAAACGUUUUGGAAUGAUGUUUUUCAAAGGAUUUUGAUUCGUUUCGCUGUUCUCCUUGCUUUUUAUUGUCUUUGUUUUGUUUGUUUGUUUCACCCUCUUCUGUCAUGUUUGUGUUGUGGUUGUUGUUCAUGUAAAUCCAACUGAACAUCUGAUGCCUCUCAGAGGGAGGAAAACAAAGAUAUACACAUGUACACAUUUUCAUUCUUACUUAUGCACUAAAUUAACAUGUUAUCUCCAAGUUCUGAAUUUCAAUACAUAUUAUCAGAGGAACAAAUAUCCAUAAGAUUACCAAGGGGCAGCAUUUUAUUUUUUUUGCCACAUUUUCUCACAUUUAUUUAUCUGCAAUAGUAAUCACAAAGAAAACACAUAAAACGAGUCUGUUUAUGUUUGGGUAACACAUCACAAAUGUUUAGCUACUGGAGGUAAUUGACACAUUACACACAAAGUUUUUGAGUGGUUGGCCAAGGGUGUAACAUGAUGGUACCUUUUUGAUUUUGUGUUUUAUUAUUUGCUUGUUUUGGGUAGACUUGUGUCACAGUGUGUAGACUUAGAGUUAUCAAGCACUACAGCUUGUGCAAUUCAGGUGACAGACUGUCAGUUUAGGACGGCAUGGUGAACUUGGAGUUAAUUCGGCCCUUUGUCAAAUAUGACAUUUCCGUUUACGGAAAUAUCGCAGGUCUCUUUUUCCAUUUGCAGAUACUCAUGAGGAACACAGGUAUUUAACAUACAAAUUCCAUUUACAUAUGCAGUUUUGCAAUAUUAAGCUACAAUAACAGUCUUUUAUACCAGUUUGUAUUUGUUUUUAUUUUUGGCCCAAAACAAACUAAAGAAAAAUGUUGUCAUACAGUAUGAUAGUUAAAUGGUUCUGUGUUAGUUGUUUUCUAAAUGGUUUUGUGAGGGUUUUCCCAAUAUGAUUUUUAACACAGUCUAAAUGUGUGACUUUCAUGUCUUAAAGAUGCAGUAUUCCACUUUUUCGUCUGUGAUUUUAAUAAUAUUAGAGUGGUAGUCCAGAUUUCCAUGUACAGAGAAGACUUGGAGAAAAGCUUGGAAAUGUGGGGUAGGGCAAAGAAAGUUCUGGGAAAGCUUUUGAACUUCAGAAAGCUGCUUGCAUAGUUGGAUAUACAGAAUUUAGCUUGAUGCAACAUGAUUGAAAACGAUGCAGAAGGUUUUGCAAUCUUUAAGACAAUGACUUUUCUCGUGUGAAAUGUUUUAAGAUCAGUCACCAUUGCGGAAGGUUUAGAGGGAAAUUAGCAUGAGGUGACUGAGUAAAAUUACUGUAGUAUAAAAGAAAAGAAAAAAAUGAGAAUUGUACCUAAAAUUGUUAUUUUAUUGUAAAUUAUUCACGUCUGUAAUUAAUAGAUGAUUAGUAUAUCUGCAAAAUAAUGAAUGAAUGAAUGUAAAAGAGGGGGGUGAUAAAUCAAUCAAAGCUCCUUGAUGCUGUUGUUGUGGAAUAUCUUGAACUUUGUGAAAUGUGUGGUAUGAGUGUGGAUACAUAUUAUAUAUAUAUAUGGCUACCAAAAAAGCCAAGUGUGUUUGUUUUUUCAAUUUCCUUCAUGGAUUCGUCUUGAUGACAAUCCAGUUAUGAUAAAAAGGCCAUGUUGUACCUUCAUUGACAAUGGGUUUGAAUAGCAGUUUAUUUCACAUUUUUUGGGUAUUCAAAUGAGGUCUUAUGCCCUAUGAAGAGACCUUCUUCUGUAUUAUUUUUGGUUGCAAUGCUACUUAUUGUAGCCUAUUCAGUGUCUAGUGAAGCACUAUAAAGGAAAUGCUGACACAAGGGUAAGGAAAAUUGAGUUCUUGAAUUAGUCCCCCUAAGCUGGUAACCAGGAUUGUGUUCAAUAGUAGCAUACGUGUUUUGGGGGAGUGUUUUUGUUUGCUACCUUAACCCUAACCAUAACCACUGCCUCAUGGGUAAAUAUACAGUACAGUGAGC